GUCCACGAGAGGACUGUAGCUCUCUCCUCUGAGAGCGGCUUUGAAUUAAAUCCUGAAUCGGAGGAGGAGGUAUUUUUUGCAACCAUCGCGCUAUCGUUGAAACGUGUCGCCGAGCUGGGGGGAAAUUCGGGAAAGAGGUGCCGCGCUGGAGCACCGCACAGCACCGACACACGACGCGGCACGAACAUGCUCACGCGGGUUAAAUCUGCGGUGGCCAAUUUCAUGGGAGGCGUUGUGGCUGGUGGUGCUAACGGUGACUAUUUCGGAUCAGAUCUGCCGCUGAAAUUCCCCUACAUGAGACCCGAGUUCCUAGGACUGACCCCGGAUGAAAUCGAGUGUUCCGCAGAUCACAUAGCGCGGCCGAUUCUCAUUCUCAAAGAGACGAAGAGAUUGCCGUGGGUCACAUAAUAUAAUUAAACAUGAACGCUAUUGCCUAUCAUAGAUUUGUGUUGUGUGUCACAGUCUCUCUCAUGCGAAUAACAGCUGAGAGAGAGAGAGAGAGAGAGAGACAGAGAGAGAGAGAGAGAGAGAGAGAGAGAGAGAGAGAGAGAGAGAGAGAGAGAGAGAGCUAAGGCAGAGACAAUAAGAAGAAACAGUGGCAGAAUAAAUUCAACCACACCUUUGUACUAAACAACUAUUGAUUUAGAACCAGGGACAGUUACCGCAAGUUGCAAAGAAAACAGGAGCUGCCUCCACUAUUCCAGCACCAUUUCAACUUCAACAUUUCAACAUCAUCAAAUCUCCUAUGCUUAGUCGAAUACAGUGACAACUAUAAGAUACCAAAAACGAUUUAGUCUAAUCAACGUAAGCUAAAUAUGAUGUGGCUGUCCAUGGUUCUGAUUUGUGUGUGUGUGCGUUUGUGCAAGUAGAAAAAACUUGUUCGCUCACCCUACUUAUAGAGAAAUGCCAAUGCCAUCCUCCUCUCUUUCAAGUUGAUGAAACAGUCUAUGACUCUGUCAUACAGUACACACUUUUAUUUUUUGUUGUCCUAGGCUACCUGGCUAAAAUGCUUGCUCACUAGCCUAACUUCCUUUCAUGGGCAACGUUAGUUAGUUAACUUUGGCUAAUGUAGCUACAGUGGGGAAAAAAUGUAUUUAGUCAGCCACCAAUUGUGCAAGUUCUCCCACUUAAAAAGAUGAGAGAGGCCUGUAAUUUUCAUCAUAGGUGCACGUCAACUAUGACAAACCAAAUGAGAAAAAAAAAUCCAGAAAAUCACAUUGUAGGAUUUUUAAUGAACUUAUUUGCAAAUUAUGGUGGAAAAUAAGUAUUUGGUCAAUAACAAAAGUUUCUCAAUACAUUGUUAUAUACCCUUUGUUGGCAAUGACACAGGUCAAACGUUUUCUGUAAGUCUUCACAAGGUUUUCACACACUGUUGCUGGUAUUUUGGCCAAUUCCUCCAUGCAGAUCUCCUCUAGAGCAGUGAUGUUUUGGGGCUGUCGCUGGGCAACACGGACUUUCAACUCCCUCCAAAGAUUUUCUAUGGGGUUGAGAUCUGGAGACUGGCUAGGCCACUCCAGGACCUUGAAAUGCUUCUUACGAAGCCACUCCUUCGUUGCCCGGGCGGUGUGUUUGGGAUCAUUGUCAUGCUGAAAGACCCAGCCACGUUUCAUCUUCAAUGCCCUUGCUGAUGGAAGGAGGUUUUCACUCAAAAUCUCACGAUACAUGGCCCCAUUCAUUCUUUCCUUUACACGGAUCAGUCGUCCUGGUCCCUUUGCAGAAAAACAGCCCCAAAGCAUGAUGUUUCCACCCCCAUGCUUCACAGUAGGUAUGGUGUUCUUUGGAUGCAACUCAGCAUUCUUUGUCCUCCAAACACGACGAGUUGAGUUUUUACCAAAAAGUUAUAUUUUGGUUUCAUCUGACCAUAUGACAUUCUCCCAAUCCUCUUCUGGAUCAUCCAAAUGCACUCUAGCAAACAUCAGAUGGGCCUGGACAUGUACUGGCUUAAGCAGGGGGACACGUCUUGCACUGCAGGAUUUGAGUCCCUGACGGCGUAGUGUGUUGCUGAUGGUAGGCUUUGUUACUUUGGUCCCAACUCUCUGCAGGUCAUUCACUAGGUCCCCCCUUGUGGUUCUGGGAUUUUUGCUCACCGUUCUUGUGAUCAUUUUGACCCCACGGGGUGAGAUCUUGCGUGGAGCCCCAGAUCGAGGGAGAUUAUCAGUGGUCUUGUAUGUCUUCCAUUUCCUAAUAAUUGCUCCCACAGUUGAUUUCUUCAAACCAAGCUGCUUACCUAUUGCAGAUUCAGUCUUCCCAGCCUGGUGCAGGUCUACAAUUUUGUUUCUGGUGUCCUUUGACAGCUCUUUGGUCUUGGCCAUAGUGGAGUUUGGAGUGUGACUGUUUGAGGUUGUGGACAGGUGUCUUUUAUACUGAUAACAAGUUCAAACAGGUGCCAUUAAUACAGGUAACGAGUGGAGGACAGAGGAGCCUCUUAAAGGAGAAGUUACAGGUCUGUGAGAGCCAGAAAUCUUGCUUGUUUGUAGGUGACCAAAUACUUAUUUUCCACCAUAAUUUGCAAAUAAAUUCAUAUAAAAUCCUACAAUGUGAUUUUCGGGAUUAUUUUUUCUCAAUUUGUCUGUCAUAGUUGAUGUGUACCUAUGAUGAAAAGUACAGGCCUCUCUCGUAUUUUUAAGUGGGAGAACUUUGUCACGCCCUGGCUCUGGGGACUAUGUUAUGUUGAGCCAGGGUGUGUAAGUCUAUGUUUUGUAUGUCUAUGUUGGCCUGAGUGACUCCCAGUCGGAGGCAACGAGUGUCAGCUGGUUGUCUCUGAUUGGGAGCCAUAUUUAACUAUCGGUCUUUUCACUUUGUGUUAUGGUUUCUUGUUCCUUUUGGUUUGUGUGUAUCGAAGGACUUCACGUUUCGUUCGUUGUUUUGAUCAGGUGAUCUGUUUAAUAAAUAAUAUGUACGCAUUCAACGCUGCGCAUUGGUCCUCCUCCUUAAGCGAUCGUGACAGAAGAAACCACCAAAAAUGGACCAAGCAGCGUGAAGAGGAGAGAGGAAGGACCUGGGAUCAGGGGAGUAGGAGUUUCGGCUGGGCCACGCUAAGUGAAGAGGAGAGAGGCUGGUCUAUGAAGCAAUGGAUCGAGAGUCUGGCGAGAGCUAGGGAGGCCUGGUCCACGGGGAGGAGAGAACCCCAGAACAUUUUUAGGGGGGGGGCUCACGACGUGGACGACGGGGCAGCCGGAGGCCGCGAUGGAGCGGUCCAGCGGGUGUGCAGAGGAGGCCGCCAGGUUAAGGGGGCCACUGGUCACAGAGGAGAGGGAAAGUGUGGAGGCACGGCGAGAGGUACUGGGGUGUAUUACCAGUCCGGUCCGGCCCGUUCCUGAUCCCUGCAUAGGGCCAGUGGCGUGUGUCCCCAGUACGGUUCGGCCUGUUCCUGCCUCUCGCACCGAGCCUGUGGUGCGCGUCGUCAGCCCUGUCCGGCCCGUUCCUGCUCUCCGUACCAAGUCGGUGGUGCGCGUCGUCAGUCCGGCACGGCCCGUUCCUGCUCUCCGCACCAAGUCUGUGGUGCGCGUCGCCAGCCCAGUCCGGCCCAUCCAAGCUUCCCGCACCAAGCCAGUGGUGUGCGUCGUCAGUCCGGCACGGCCCGUGCCUGCUCUCCGCACCAAGUCUAUGGUGCGUUUCGUCAGCCCUGUCCGGCCCGUUCCUGCUCUCCGCACCAAGUCUGUGGUGCGCGUCGCCAGCCCAGUCCGGCCCAUCCAAGCUCCCCGCACCAGGUCAGUGGUGCGCGUCGUCAGCCCGGUCCGGCUCAUUCCUGCUCCCCGCACCAAGUCAGGGGUGCGCUUCGUCAGCCCGGUCCGGCCCGUUCCUCCUCCACGCAUCAAGCCAGGGGUGUGCGUCGUCAGUCCAGCACAACCCGUGCCUGGGUCAUGUCCGGAGCCGGAUCCGCCGCCGAGGCGGAGUGCCCACCCGGUCCCUCCCCUGUUGUGGUUGUUUGGCGCGGCCGGAGUCCGCGCCUUUGGGGGGGGGUACUGUCACGCCCUGGCUCUGGGGACUAUGUUAUGUUGAGCCAGGGUGUGUAAGUCUAUGUUUUGUAUGUCUAUGUUGGCCUGAGUGACUCCCAGUCGGAGGCAACGAGUGUCAGCUGGUUGUCUCUGAUUGGGAGCCAUAUUUAACUAUCGGUCUUUUCACUUUGUGUUGUGGUUUCUUGUUCCUUUUGGUUUGUGUGUAUCGAAGGACUUCACGUUUCGUUCGUUGUUUUGAUCAGGUGAUCUGUUUAAUAAAUAAUAUGUACGCAUUCAACGCUGCGCAUUGGUCCUCCUCCUUAAGCGAUCGUGACAAACUUGCACAAUUGGUGGCUGACUAAAUACUUUUUUUCCCCACUGUACAUAUUGAAAUUCCAUCCUCUCAGUCCAGGGGCACAAUGUAUGAAUUUAUGGUUGGAUCAGAAUCGCUGUUAUAAUCAUUGGCUAGUACGGAGAGUUAAGUAAAACCACAUGUCCAUCCAUGGCUAAUUUAGGAAAGGGCCAAUUUUAGCUAGCUAGCUAGCCACCGGAGGACAACAACACAAUGAGAUGCAACAAUUCAAGUUGUUUCUGUCAAUGACGUAUUUCUCUUGAUGCUAUGUGAUAGCAGAAAAGCCAAAUCCGAACUGGCUUCCCUUGACAUUUUGUUUUUGGUGCGCCAACGCCAUUUACAGUUGAGCUCACUCAGUUUAGCUCAACGCUGAUUGGCUAUUCUUUUAUACUUUUUUUUUAUCAAGGGAGGCCAAAUGCUCGCUGGCUUCCAAGGCAUUCAAUGCUAUGGGCGGCAACAGUGUCAUACUCUUUAUGACCAGACAGCAUCAGAUAGAUGGCCUACACAUACAGAGACAGAGGGGCGCUGUUUUGCUCGCUAGGAUGCUUUCUCCGGUGAGAUACAAUCAGCCUCGAAUGAAGGAAAAUUAUGAAAACACAGAGAGAGGAAAGAUAAAUAAUACAAUUUAAAAAAAUUGUUUUAAUGGGUCAAUUUUGGGGGGGAAGUCUGACUUCCCUGGGUAUCCAUGAAUACACGCCACUGGUCCUUACAUAGACAUACAGCUUUCUAUUUGAGUUAUAUGUCCCAUUGAUAAAUCCACAGUGUACAUUGAAGUAUCCAACCUGUUCAAAGCUAACAGCAAAUAAUAGAAAUGAAAAUCAGGUGCAAGUGAUGUCAGUGUGCAUCUAAUAUGAUGUGGUUAUAAAAGAGCACAUUUUCAAAGCAAAUUCUCCUAAGAAUUUCAGCAGUCAUGGAUGAAGUAAUCACAGUCUGAAUAACAGACAAUCAAUACCCUGAACAAACCCAAAACCCAGCCGUAGACCUAUUUUAUUCCCACAGUAAAACAGAUGCAUUAUCCUGGUUUAGCUUACAUGCAUCUAUACUAAUGUAUGAAACAUGUCUUUCUGUCUCUCACAAGGAAGGACAGUGGGAAAUAACACGUUUUUCUUCUGGCCCGUAUUUGUAGGUCAAUUGUGUUCUGAGAACUUCACUGUGUCACUAGGUCAUUAUAGUGUGUGUGUCCCCCCUCUCUCUCCAUCCGGUCCCAUUGCCAAUAUUGUAGCAAAGUAGUUCACUCAGUCGUUAGAUAUUAAUCUCACUCAUAUAUGUAUAGAUCUCACUCCACUCUGUCUGUGGUGCAAAUACAACAUCCUUUCCAAUGGUUUUUGUGUUGUUUUUGUGUAGUUUGUGAUUAGAAUUCGUUACUCAUUGAUCGCUAUAGUUUUAUACAUAUCUUCCUUGCUUCACCAAUAACAGGUCUAUCAGUGUGUCUUUUUGAGAGGAAACACACAGCCAUGCCAAUUCUCAUAGCUCUUUCUCGCUCUCUCUCUCUUGUCAGACUUGAAUGAUGUCUAUGGCCUUGAUCAGUGCUAUACAGGGCCAAUGGUGGAAAAAGUACCCAGUCCGCCAGAUCAGAGGCGGUAGUGAUGACCAUGGUUGUUCUCUUGAUAAGUGCAUGAAUUGGACCAUUUUCCUGUCCUGCUAAGCUUUCAAAAUGUAAUGAGUACUUUUGGGUGUCAGGGAAAAUGUAUGGAGUAAAAAGUACAUUAUUUUCUUUUGGAAUGUCAAAAAUAUAAAUAGUAAUGUACAGAUACCCAAAAAAUCUACUUAUGUAAAAAUACUUUAAAGUACCACUUAAGUACUUUACACCACUGUACAGGGCAAAUAAAACCAACACAGAUUUCAGACAGAUACAUAAUUGUUCUGUUUGUUGCAUUCUCCAGAUCUUCAGUCUCUUUGAAGGUGAGAGCUUUGUACUCUUGCUCUUGCUCUCUCUCUCUCUCUCGCUCCCUCAGAACCAGUUGAGGAUUUGUAGGAAAAUCUCUCUUUCCCUCUAUCGUUCUCUUCAUCUUUCUUCUGUCUGUCGGUCAGUCUGUCUCUUCCACUCUAUCCCGCUCUCUUUCUCUCCCCUCUUUCUCUAGGGAUCAUCUUUGAGAAGACAGUUUUGCCUCUGUUUCUGUCUGAUAGUUAAUGAGUCCAGACCUAAUUGGCAUUUCACUGUAAGAACCUCAUCCUCUGUCAUUACACACCUCAACUCUAAUUAUACUAUCUUGCAUAUAUUAGGCAGACACCAUCUAGACAGCUUACACUAACAAAUUGCUGUACAUUUUGUUAGCUACUGUAAUUAUAUAUUACAGUACUGUAAAGAGCAAUGCAUUAUGGGGGCUCAAUGGCAUUCUGCUACACUGCUGUAAAUUGCUGAAAUCUUACAAUACAAUUGACAUUAACAUACUGUAUUAUCUGUUUUGCUGUAUGUUUACAGCAGCAUACUGUGAAUUCUGUGUAUUGUGGGAAAAUGUUGUGGGCGUGGGAAAUAAUCUCUGGUUCAUUAACAUAUUUUGAGGCGUGCCUUGUAUGAGGCUGUAUUUGUUGCACCCGUUAGUGUGAAUGCUGUACCCCACAGAAUACAGUGCAAUACCAUAUUUCUAGAGUCUAAAACCAUUAUCUGUAAAUCUACAGUAAUAUACUGGCUACUGUGCUGCCAGUAAUUUGCUGUAAUUCAAUACCACCCCACAGAAUACAGUACCAUACUGUUUUUUUGGAGUGCCAAAAACCUUUUGAACACUAGUGGGUGCAUUGUAUUGUUGUUUCUGGCUCAUUAACAUAUUUUGAGGCGUGCCUUGUAAGAGGCUGUAUUUGUUGCACCGUUAGUGAGAGUGUUGUACCAAUUUAACUGAAAUGUGGUAGUAGUUCUCUAACAAUGUAAUGUUUAUAGGGGACAGAUAAGAGUGCCAGCAAGACUCAAACCUUUAACGGUUGAGUGUUUAGCCCUGUAGUCACUGCCAGUGUAGAAGCCUUUGUUAAGACCUAAAAAAGUGCAAGUGAUAUAAAGCACCAAAUAUUCAUUGGUAUGCUGUAAUAUAUGAUUACAUAUUCACUGUUAGCUAUUGCUGUAAUUUUAUUACAUUACAAUUUAACAAUAAAGUACUGUAUUGCUGUUUUGGUGUAUAUUUACUGCAACAUUCUGUAAAUUAUGGUGCACAGUGGAAACAUUUUGUGAGAGGGGAAAGAAUUGCUGGCUCAUUAACCUAUUUCGAGGCGUGCCUUGUAAGUGGCGCUAUUUGUUGCAACCGUUAGUAAGAAUUCUGUACCAAUUUUAAUUCUAUAUAGUUGUAGUGCCCUAACAAUUUAAUGGGUAUAGGGGACAGAUCAGAAUGUCAGAAAAGUUUUAAACCUUUAGGUUGAGUGGUUUGUCCUGUAAUCACAGCCAGUUUGGAAGCCUUUGUUUAGGCCUCUAGAACUACAAGUGAUAUAAAACACAAAAUAUUCUGUAAUAUACAAAUGCCUAAUAGUCAACCUGCUUGCACCAAUCCCAUGUAAUUGCAGUAAACUACAGUUAAAUACCAAUAUUACGUUUACAGUAGCAUUUAAUUUCUUACAGUAUAGUAGGCUAAUUUUACAGUAUUGUGAUGUUUUUUUAGUCAACCUUAGUUUAAUGCACUGAUUGUAAGUUGAACUGGACAAGAGUGUCUGCUAAAUUAUGUAAUGGAAGAAGGGCUGAUAAUCGGCAGUAAUGAGGUAAUCUGCCAAUUUGAAACUGUGGGGGUCAUCCAGACUACUCCAUACCAUUGUUUUUUCCUCGUGGCCUUCUGGCUGUUUUCUCAGUCAUAACCUCCCACAAACCUUGGAGAACAGCCACUGGAGUAAUCACAUUGUGGCCUCCCUGAGACUCAUUGAGCUAUCAGUGAAGUGGAGAGACGUGUUUGGCUGACAGAGGUGACACUCUAUCUCGCUCACUCUCUCUCGCUCUGUCUGACCCUUGGCUGAUUGUCACACACACACACACACACACACACACACACACACACACACACACACACACACACACACACACACACACACACACACACACACACACACACACACACACUCACUCACACACAGAUGUGUUUCUGAGACAUGUAGGAUUUGCAUUGCCAAGUAGCAUGUUGUUUUGAUAACUGUAUUUAGAGUUUUGCACAUGUAUCCGCAGUAUUGAACAAUGCUUGUUAGCAAUCUAAAAAAACUGUAAAGCAACAGUUGGCCAGUUAUAUCUACAGUAGUUUGGUAACCCAUUUAGAAAUCCUCCCUAAUUUUUACAUUUACAUUUUUGUCAUUUAGCAGACACUCUUAUCCAGAGCGACCCACUGCGUGCAUACAUCUCUCAUCCAGAGCGACCCACUGCGUGCAGUGCAUACAUCUCUCAUACUAAUGAAGGAUGAACUGUGAUUAAACACCGUGAAAAUAAUCUGACAUGCUCCCGCCGGCCACCUCCAGGAAAAUGUUUGAUCAAAUUGAACACACUAUAAUAUACAUUUCUGUAUUGCAAUAUUUAGCUUUCUAAGUGUGUGUGUUUGUUUGUGUGUGAGAGCUUAUGAUAGCAAAUCAAUGCUAUCAAUGUAAUUGAAAAAUAGACUACAAAGUAACCAUUCUAUUUCUAAGCAAACAUAUAUAUAUAUUGUCUGUCCCCCCACACACACACACACACACACACACACCCCUACAGGACUCAGGGGGUCUAGUAUUCCACUACUGGGCAUUGUUUGACGGCCAUGCCGGCUCCGGAGCUGCAGUAGUGGCCUCCAAGCUCCUCCAAGCUCCUCCAACACCACAUUGUCGAGCAGCUCCAGUCUGUCCUCAAGGUCCUAAGGAACCAUGCUGUUAUACCGCCCACCUUCUUCGGCGAGAAGUCUAACCACCACAUGACCCCUGCACCCCUCCACCACAGAGGUUAUUCACAGAGAAGAAGAUCCAGCACGAUAGCCUGGUGAUGGGAGCCAUGGAGAAUGCCUUCAAGGAGAUGGUGAGUGCCUGCCAUGGCUGUUGUUGUUGCGUUGUGUGCAUCUCAAUGAGCCACUAUUGUUUGAGGGAGAAUAUCAGAGUUGUGGAGAUGUUGCCUCUGUCCUGGUUAGAUUUGCCUUGUAGCUAUUUUUCCUCACAGACCUCUCCCUCCCACCUCAGCCCCGACCCCUCAUCCCACCACCACCUUCACCCAGUUCUAACGUACUUAGUCAUUACAUCUCUCCACCAUGUCUAUUCAUCUCAUCACAUCAUCCAGGUCUCAAUCCACACAGAGAAUAGCCCACCAUCUGGUGUGACGUGUAUCAGUAUAUACAAUGCUCAGCCUAAAAAUAGAACUGAAUGUCAUUGAGUGUACUAAGACCUAAUACAGUGAUAGCUUCAGUUCCAUCUGUAUGCUUAACUUAAAGAGUAAUUGAUUAUUGAAUCAUGUUAUCAACCAUCUAAAUCGCUGUCCUUUGUAAAAUGUGAUAUGUUCUCGGAUAUUUAGCUUCCUAAAUAGUUUCCUCCUGUUGUCUUCCUGAGGAUGUGGCUUUAUCUCUAUAUGUUCUCGGAUAUUUAGCUUCCUAAAUAGUUUCCUCCUGUUGUCUUCCUGAGGAUGUGGCUUUAUCUCUUUAUCCUUAAAGGGGCAAUCUGCAAUUCAAACAAUAACAAAGCGAACACCCCACCACUGAUUUGGUAAAUAGCUGAGGGAUGGGGCUGGAGAAAUAUAACCACUCUCAAAUUCAUAGACCGGCCUAUGGAUGCAAGGACGGACCAUUCACAAGAUCAAAAUUAUUGUUUUAACCAUGUUUUGAGGCUAUACAGUGUUAGUUUACAAUUACUUUGUUCACAAACAAAGGAGUAAAACAAGCGUAUAUUGUGGGUUUUGAUGGCCUAGCACAAUUUAACUAAGCUCAUGAGGCAUUUAUAAAUUAUAUUCUUAAAAAAUCAAUGGGCAUAUACAAACGCAGAUUGCCCCUUUUAAUCUAUAUUCACACAACACAAAUGAUUAAGUGCAUUUUAUGCAACACAUUCAUAUAAAAUCCCAAGUGGCAGAUAAUUACAGUCAGAGAUGGGCAGUAUUUCUGUUACAUGUAUUUGAGAUAUGUAUUUCAAUUACUUCUAAGUAUUUUGUAAUUUGUAUUACACUUGGCUGAACUACACCCAAAGGUAUUUUGUAACAAGAUUCAAAAUACAAAAUACUUUUCUAUACCAUUUUUUAAAAUAGCGGUUCACAAUUUUGUGGCCUUCUUUCAACCUGCAUUGGUAUCAGAGGUCUGAUGCACUAUGGUGGGAUAAGAGCAUCUGCAAAAUGAACAAUUGCAAAGCAUGCUGAGUAUUAUUUUAGUGAGCUCCGCCCGAAACGAGGCCAAUAGUAAUACCCAGUGUGCUUUGCAGUUCAUUUUAGUAUGUUUAUUUUCACAUACACAUUUGCAUUUUGGUCAUUUAGCAGACACUCUUAUCCAGAGUGACUUACAGUCAGUGCAUUCAACUAAGGUAGAUAAACAACAACAUAUCACAGUCAUAGCAAGUAAAACGUUUCUGUAACCGUUACAGAUUAAACAAACAACUAGAGCUUAACUUUUUUCUCUAGUAUACAUAGUCUUUCCUGUACUCUCUCCUCUCCGCACAGGCUACACAAACGCCUCACACCGCGUGGCUGCUGCCUCUCUAACCUGGUGGUCCCUGCACGCACCACACACCUGGAGUUCCAGGUCUCAGGCAGCCUCUGGAACUGCCGUUCUGCUGUCAACAAGGCUGACUUCAUCCCAGCCUAUGCUACCCUCCAGUCCCUCGACUUCCUGGCGCUGACGGAAACAUGGAUUACCACUGAAAACACUGCUACUCCUACUGCUCUCUCCUCGUCUGACCAUGUGUUCUCGCAUACCCCGAGAGCAUCUGGUCAGAGGGGUGGUGGCACAGGAAUCCUCAUCUCUCCCAAGUGGACAUUCUCAAUUUUUCCCCUAACCCAUCUGUCUAUCUCCUCAUUUGAAUUCCAUGCUGUCACAGUCACUAGCCCAUUUAAGCUUAAUAUCCUUGUCAUCUAUCACCCUCCAGGUUCCCUUGGAGAGUUCAUCAAUGAGCUUGACGCCUUGAUAAGCUCCUUUCCUGAGGAUGGCUCACCCCUCACAGUUUUGGGGGAUUUCAACCUCCCUACGUCUACAUUUGACUCAUUUCUCUCUGCCUCCUUCUUUCCACUCCUCUCCUCUUUUGACCUCACCCUCUCACCGUCCCCCCCUACUCACAAGGCAGGCAAUACGCUUGACCUCAUCUUCACUAUAUGCUGCUCUUCUACUAAUCUCACUGCAACUCCCCUCCAUGUCUCCGACCACUACUUUGUAUCCUUUUCUCUCUCGCUCUCCUCCAACACUACUCACUCUGCCCCUACACAGAUGGUAAUGCGCCGCCGCAACCUUCGCUCUCUCUCCCACUACUCUCUCCUGUUCCAUCCUAUCAUCUCUUCCCUCUGCUCAAUCCUUCUCCCUCCAAUCUCCUGAUUCUGCCUCCUCAACCCUCCUCUCCUCCCUUUCUGCAUCCUUUGACUCUCUGUGUCCCCUAUCCUCCCGGCCGGCUCGGUCCUCCCCUCCAGCUCCGUGGCUUGAUGACUCAUUGCGAGCUCACAGAACAGAGCUCCGGGCAGCUGAGCGGAAAUGGAAGAAAACUAGACUCCCUGCCGACCUGGCAUCUUUUCACUCCCUCCUCUCUACAUUUUCUUCAUCUGUUUCUGCUGCUAAGGCCACUUUCUACCACUCUAAAUUCCAAGCAUCUGCCUCUAACCCUAGGAAGCUCUUUACCACAUUCUCCUCCCUGCUGAAUCCUCCCCCCUCCUCCCUCUCUGUGGAUGACUUCGUCAACCACUUUGAAAAGAAGGUUGACGACCUCGUUUGUUAAGUCUAAUGACACUGCUGGUCCUGCUCACACUGCCCUACCCUAUGCUUUGACUUCUUUCUCCCCUCUCUCUCCAGAUAAAAUCUCGCGACUUGUGACUGCAGGCCGCCCAACAACCUGCCCGCUUGACCCCAUCCCCUCCUCUCUUCUCCAGACCAUCUCCGGUGACCUUCUCCCCUACCUCACCUCGCUGAUCAACUCAUCCCUGACCGCUGGCUAUGUCCCUUCCGUCUUCAAGAGAGCGAGAGGUGCACCCCUUCUCAAAAAACCAACACUCGAUCCCUCUGAUGUCAACAACUACAGACCAGUAUCCCUUCUUUCUUUUCUUUCCAAAACUAUUGAGCGUGCCGUCUUUAGCCAACUCUCUUGCUAUCUCUCUCAGAAUGACCUUCUUGAUCCAAACCAGUCAGGUUUCAGGACUGGUCAUUCAACUGAGACUGCUCUUCUCUGUGUCACAGAGGCUCUCCGCACUGCUAAAGUUAACUCUCUCUCCUCUGCUCUUGUCCUUCUAGACCUGUCUGCUGCCUUUGAUACUGUGAACCAUCAGAUCCUCCUCUCCACCCUCUCCGAGCUGGGCAUCUCCGGCGCGGAUCACUCUUGGAUUGCGUCCUACCUGACCGGUCGCUCCUACCAAGUGGCGUGGCGAGAAGCUGUCUCCGCACCACGUGCUCUCACCACUGGUGUCCCCCAGGGCUCAGUUCUAGGCCCUCUCCUAUUCUCGCUAUACACCAAGUCACUUGGCUCUGUCAUAUCCUCACAUGGCCUCUCCUAUCAUUGCUACGCUGACGAUACACAACUAAUCUUCUCCUUUCCCCCUUCUGAUAACCAGGUGGCGAAUCGCAUCUCUGCAUGUCUGGCAGACAUAUCAGUAUGGAUGACGGAUCACCACCUCAAGCUGAACCUUGGCAAGAUGGAGCUGCUCUUCCUCCCGGGGAAGGACUGCCCGUUCCAUGAUCUCGCCAUCACGGUUGACAACUCCGUUGUGUCCUCCUCCCAGAGUGCGAAGAGCCUUGGCGUGACCCUGGACAACACCCUGUCGUUCUCCGCUAACAUCAAGGCGGUGACCCGAUCCUGCAGGUUCAUGCUCUACAACAUUCGGAGAGUACGACCCUGCCUUACACAGGAAGCGGCACAGGUCCUAAUCCAGGCACUUGUCAUCUCCCGUCUGGAUUACUGCAACUCGCUGUUGGCUGGGCUCCCUGCCUGUGCCAUUAAACCCCUACAACUCAUCCAGAAUGCCGCAGCCUGUCUGGUGUUCAACCUUCCCAAGUUCUCUCACGUCACCACGCUCCUCCGCACACUCCACUGGCUUCCAGUUGAAGCUCGCAUCUGUUACAAGACCAUGGUGCUUGCCUAUGGAGCCGUGAGGGGAACGGCACCUCCGUACCUUCAGGCUCUGAUCAGUCCCUACACCCAAACGAGGGCACUGCAUUCAUCCACCUCUGGCCUGCUGGCUCCCCUUCCUCUGCGGAAGCAUAGUUCCCGCUCAGCCCAGUCAAAACUGUUCGCUGCUCUGACACCCCAAUGGUGGAACAAGCUCCCUCACGAUGCCAGGACAGCGGAGUCACUCACCACCUUCCGGAGACAUUUGAAACCCCACCUCUUUAAGGAAUACCUGGGAUAGGAUAAAGUAAUCCUUCUACACCCCCCCCCCCCCCCCCCCCCCCAAAAAAAAAGAAAUAAGAAAAAAAAAGAAAUAAGAAAAUAAGGAAAAAAACAUUGUAAAGUGGUUAUCCCACUGGCUAUAGGGUGAAUGCACCAAUUUGUAAGUCGCUCUGGAUAAGAGCGUCUGCUAAAUGACGUAAAUGUAAAUGUAAAUGUACUGACCAGUAUAGCCUUUUGUGUAAUUCCUUGCUCUGCUGAGUUUCUGAUUAUCGCCACGGUGUGCUUUCUGUGUGUGUUUUUAUACAAUGUAUUUUACACACCAGUGCAUAAUCUGUCAUUUACACACGCAAGUCUGAUAGAGUAUCUAUUUACGCCUGUCCUUAGUAUACAUUCCUGUGUGCUAUUUUCCAUGUUGCCUUUAUUUUUCAUGUUGCCUCUGAUGUGAUAAUGUUGUAGAUUUGUUUUGUACAGUGGGGAAAAAAUGUAUUUAGUCAGCCUCCAAUUGUGCAAGUUCUCCCACUUAAAAAGAUGAGAGAGGCCUGUAAUUUUCAUCAUAGGUACACGUCAACUAUGACAGACAAAAUGAGGAGAAAAUCACAUUGUAGGAUUUUUUAUGAAUUUAUUUGCAAAUUAUGGUGGAAAAUACUUUGUUAUAUACCCUUUGUUGGCAAUGACACAGGUCAAACGUUUUCUGUAAGUCUUCACAAGGUUUUCACACACUGUUGCUGGUAUUUUGGCCCAUUCCUCCAUGCAGAUCUCCUCUAGAGCAGUGAUGUUUUGGGGCUGUCGCUGGGCAACACGGACUUUCAACUCCCUCCAAAGAUUUUCUAUGGGGUUGACAUCUGGAGACUGGCUAGGCCACUCCAGGACAUUGAAAUGCUUCUUACGAAUCCACUCCUUCGUUGCCCGGGCGGUGUGUUUGGGAUCAUUGUCAUGCUGAAAGACCCAGCCACGUUUCAUCUUCAAUGCCCUUGCUGAUGGAAGGAGGUUUUCACUCAAAAUCUCACGAUACAUGGCCCCAUUCAUUCUUUCCUUUACACGGAUCAGUCGUCCUGGUCCCUUUGCAGAAAAACAGCCCCAAAGCAUGAUGUUUCCACCCCCAUGCUUCACAGUAGGUAUGGUGUUCUUUGGAUGCAACUCACCAUUCUUUGUCCUCCAAACACGACGAGUUGAGUUUUUACCAAAAAGUUAUAUUUCGGUUUCAUCUGACCAUAUGACAUUCUCCCAAUCCUCUUCUGGAUCAUCCAAAUGCACUCUAGCAAACUUCAGACGGGCCUGGACAUGUACUUGCUUAAGCAGGGGGACACGUCUGGCACUGCAGGAUUUGAGUCCCUGGCGGCGUAGUGUGUUACUGAUGGUAGGCUUUGUUACUUUGGUCCUAGCUCUCUGCAGGUCAUUCACUAGGUCCCCCCGUGUGGUUCUGGGAUUUUUGCUCACCGUUCAAAUCAAAUCAAAUCAAAUCAAAUCAAAUUGUAUUGGUCACAUGCGCCGAAUACAACAGGUGCAGACAUUACAGUGAAAUGCUUACUUACAGCCCUUAACCAACAGUGCAUUUAUUUUAAACAAAAAAAGUAAGAAUAAAACAACAACAAAAAAAGUGUUGAGAAAAAAAGAGCAGAAGUAAAAUAAAGUGACAGUAGGGAGGCUAUAUAUACAGGGGGGUACCGUUGCAGAGUCAAUGUGCGGGGGCACCGGCUAGUUGAGGUAGUUGAGGUAAUAUGUACCGUUCUUGUGAUCAUUUUGACCCCACGGGGUGAGAUCUUGCGUGGAGCCCCAGAUCGAGGGAGAUUAUCAGUGGUCUUGUAUGUCUUCCAUUUCCUAAUAAUUGCUCCCACAGUUGAUUUCUUCAAACCAAGCUGCUUACCUAUUGCAGAUUCAGUCUUCCCAGCCUGGUGCAGGUCUACAAUUUGGUUUCUGGUGUCCUUUGACAGCUCUUUGGUCUUGGCCAUAGUGGAGUUUGGAGUGUGACUGUUUGAGGUUGUGGACAGGUGUCUUUUAUACUGAUAACAAGUUCAAACAGGUGCCAUUAAUACAGGUAAUGAGUGGAGGACAGAGGAGCCUCUUAAAGAAGAAGUUACAGGUCUGUGAGAGCCAGAAAUCUUGCUUGUUUGUAGGUGACCAAAUACUUAUUUUCCACCAUAAUUUGCAAAUAAAUUUAUCAAAAAUCCUACAAUGUGAUUUUCUGGAGCAUUCUUUUUCUCAAUUUGUCUGUCAUAGUUGACGUGUACCUAUGAUGAAAAUUACAGGCCUCUCUCAUCUUUUUAAGUGGGAGAACUUGCACAAUUGGUGGCUGACUAAAUACUUUUUUCCCCCACUGUGUAUAAUUAUUUACCUGUCAUGUGACAUUUACCUGUCCCCACCUCUAUUUCUAGAGACACGUCAGCUUCCAUCCACAACGCUGCCUAAUUUUUAAUUAAAUACAUUUCAAAAUAAAAUUAUUUUGUAGUUUAUUUUGAGACAUUGAUCUUUAUGAUAUUUUGUAAUUGUAUUUUCUCAUUUUUGCCCAGCCCUGAUUAGUCACUUACCAACAGCUGUUUUGUAGGCAGCUGUCUAUUCCUUGUGGCCUUACUCAUAGUAAUUUUCAUAUGCAGACUCAAAGCUUGUCAUCUCUCAGAGAUGGUAUACUGUAUAUGGCCUCUAGAUGGCAAUGUAAGUUAAUAUGGGAUGCUCUCAAGUCUCCCACCCUGAGCUCCUUCCCAUGUAAAUUAAAUCUGCCCAACGCAAGCUUAUCCUAGCUCAUGUUCCCCUAACAUUUCGUAAGGCUAAGACCAAUGAAACUGCCUGCAUUUUGAAGAGCCUGAGGCGCAAUCAGCCAGCAGCAAGAUACUGUAACCUUUAAAGAGCAUUACCUGCUGCAGGGCUUAGUCAUACUGUACAUCAGGGCAGAAAGGAUGUACUAUAGUACAGUAGUAUGGGAGAUGAAUUUAUGAACAUACACUUUAGGCUUACUCCGGCUGACCCUACUGUAUGUGUUGGCUGUUUUUUUUUUUUUACUUAUACCGACUUCAGCUGUCUUCCAACCCCCACAGAGUUUGAAAGGAUCUAUUUAUUGUUGCAUAUCUUUACAUUGUCUCAGAAUGUCCUGCAUUUCCCAGUGUUCCAUUGGUUCCAUUGCGCCAGGCAAUCUCAAGCAAAAAAUGAUGUACUCUUUGAACUCAGGUCUGGUGGGGGUGGAAGGGCCUUAUCAUGGCAUAACCCUCAGCUGCCCCCUGUCUGUGUUGUACAGUCAUCAGAUGGCCGAUCAGCAUCCAGGCAGAAUACACGGGAGAGAAACCCCACCACAGCUCCUCUCUCCCUCACAUGCACCUUCUGCACAGACGGCACACACAGCAAACACACACACAACUUUCACGGUGCAGUGCAUCUGCCCCAGAUCACUGUUUAUUGCCUUUUAGCCUAUUCUCUUCCUCAGAGACUUCUGAAGGAAGUCUUCUUGCUUUAACUAGAUGUUAAUUGCAUGUUAUAUUUAUAUUCUGUCUCCUAUUAGUUUAAUAGAUUUUUGGGUCAAAUUCAAAAUCAACAUGUUAUUCACUGUACUUUUUAAAUGUUCUUAUUCUCAUGUUAGAUUGUAUGCCUUACACCCAAUUUUAGGUUGACUAACGUGUGUGUGUGCUUGUGUGUUCAGGAUGCCCAGAUAGAGAAGGAGAAGCAGGUGUAUAGCAUCACAGGAGGAUGCACAGCACUGUGUGUUGUUUAUCUGCUUGGAAUGCUAUAUGUGGGAAACGCAGGAGACAGCAGGUUAGUGUGUGUGUGUUGUAUCUAUCCUGAUUUGAUCCUGAACUGCCUUGUCCCAAAAAUACACAAACCUACUCUUAACAUAUUGGCGGUAUGC